AUGACGGACGCGCGGUCGUCGCGGCGUUCGCCGGUUCGGGCGGUGUUCGCGCUCGCGCUGGUCGUCGGCGCGGCGCGCGCGGCGUUCGCGCAAACGUGCUCGGCGACGUUCCGUCCUCAAUGGAUGGACGUCGAUGAAGACGGCGAAUUGGCACGUCUUCAAGUCACCUACCUCGAAGUCAACUCGGCGAGCGCUGAUUUGUACGUGAAAGCCAAGGAUAGCUCUGCGUGCGCCAAUGGGUACGUCGAGCCCGAAGAGUUUUACGUGUACGCCUGUCAAGGUGGCGACCAAGGUGGCAACACCGGAGGCGUCGACGACAAAGGCAACGACGGAGGUGAUAGUACUGACUUCGACUCAAACUCUGAAACUUCGACGCGUCGUCGCCUUCUCUGGAAAUCAAAGACGCGUCUGUCUUCUCACCGACGCACCUUGCUUCAAGAAGAAGAGGCGUCGUGUGACGGACUCGACGAGUUCCUCGUGGAUCCAAACAACGCCCAAGGUUUCUAUUACCUGUCAUAUUUUGGGGAAUACGCUCGUUACACGCUCAACGUGUGCUGUCCCGCCGAUAAGCCAAACUUUUACCUCGCCGUGGCCGGGUAUGACAUCACGGGCCAAGAGGAAGGACGAUGCACGUCGGCGGUGAUGAGCGAUUCUUACCCGUACUCGCUGACUGGAUCCACCGAAGAUGCCGUCGCUCCCGAGGAACCGCCAGAAAAGCUCGUCUCUCUCAAGGAAUUUUGGCAGACGCACGAAGGUUCCGCCGCUGAAAAACUCAUCAUGAACGCCGGAUUGGGUCUUCAGUUUGGUGCGUGUCCGAAAGCUGAUGAAGUGUCCCCGGAUGCCUUAUUUCCUCUUCCCCCGUUCAAAGCGGAUGUCAUUUCGACGUUUUUCACCCAUCUCUUCAAACAACCGGUGCCAGGCAGAGAACAUGACAUCAAAUCUGAGUUGAAGCUGUCGCCUUUCGCCACCGCGAGCGCGGCAAACGUAAACGGCACGUGCCGACUCAUGGUGACGUUGGCGGAUCAUCCAAAUCUCAAGCCCAUGGAACUCGUCGAGGUCGAUGGCGUCGAUUUCGGAUGUCUCAAAUCAGCCUAUGAAGAUGUUCCGGACGCGUACGUCGCCCUCGACGCGUUGACGGCGUUGGCGCAAACGUCAAAGGCGCAUCCGUCUUUCGGCGACGCAUUCAACGUGACGCUUCGCGAUCCGGCGGAUGAAUCCAACUCGACGCACGCCGUGCGGGCGUCGUACGGCGCGUACAAGGCGCUCAAGGUUCGUUUGGACAAGAAGAACGACGAAAGCGUGAAAGAUUAUCGCGUGACUUCGUCAAGCUGUGGCGGCAUGAAUAACCCUCGUGAGGACGGUGCAAAAGUGAUACCCGCCAAGACGUGUCCGCGCGUCAGCGUCAAUCGCGAGAUCAACGUCUUCAAAGACGUCGCGCUCGACUCCAUGGUGACGACCAAGCUCGGUACCGCUGUUUUUGGCGGCGCGACGAACAUCAAGACGGGACGCGAGUCUGAAAAUUUUGGUUCUUCCGAUGGUAUCGCUUUUGACACCGACACGGCGUGUACCGUCACGAUCACCGGUCUGUACGACGCGGACGGCAACGCCGCGUGCGCGGAGACCGUGACGGUUGAACGCGCCACGUCCCGAUGUUCGUUCGAGCCCGUCCAGGAUGCCGUCGCUGGAAUGAAUGAGAUGUUAAGUCGUGCGUCCAAAGGCGUGAGUGCCAUCUCAUGGGACGAUUUCAUUCGAUACACGGGUCGCGACGCUUUUGUCGAUUGCAUGGAACUCGUGUCUCUGUCCAUGACGGAUGCGUACGAAAACGUCACUCUGGUUACGGAUGAGUGCACCUUGCCGUACCCAGAAACGUCCUCUGGCUCUGGCAUCUGGAGCUUCUGCGAGAGCAAUCCGGUUCACGAGUACUGCGCAGAUCCGUGCUGCAACAUCUUCAUCCAAGAUAAGCUGUGCUGCGCUCCGAAGAGCGCCACCGUGUCGAGAUUCCGUCCCACGUUCGACAGCAACAUCUUCACGGAGACGUGCAUGCUUGCGGACGCCGUCACGCGCGGCUCGGUGGAUGAAACGUUACCGGUCGCGAACGCCAUUCCAUUAGCCAUCAAAGUUGCGUCGAAGAUCUCCACGCCGGAGACGUGCCUCGCGGCGACGUCGAGUCUGAAGACAAAGCUCGACAACAUCGAGACUGAUCUCGAGUGUUGUGUGAAGGCUGUCAUCGGAGAAUGGGACCACAGUACCAUGAAGUACGCGUCCACGCAGCCGUGUCAGGUGUCUUCCGACUGCUUCUCGGACGUGUGCGCCGCUUCUUCGUCUUCUUCUUCGUCAUCAAACUCUCAAGGGUCGUCGGGAAGCGGCUCGUCGUCGGACAGUUGCUGGAGCAGCUCUUCCGGGAACAACAAGUGCGCCGUCGCGAAUUCGACGUACGUCGGCGAAGCGUUGGCGAAAUGUCUCACGACGAAACUUCGAGCUCGUGAUUACCUUCGCGAAAUUGCCAUCUUAAAAUCUAUCAUCGGUGUCAAAGCGAUGGCGACGGACGCCGACAUCGGCGCCGCCAUCAUCGACGGCGCGGGGUACUACACGUGCGAGGGUUCCGACGGGUACAAGUACGAUCCGUUCAACGACUGUCCGGAGUGGGAAUACGACUCAGAAUCCGGGACGCACGAGUGUAAACGAUACUGCGAAGGCGUGGAAGAUUGCAAAGACAAGUGUUUGAGCUCAAAGACGUGCAACUGGAAACCUUGGGAAUACUCUGACGGCACGUGGGGUCCGACGAGCGACGAAAACUGUCUCGACGAGGAUUUGGGCGACAACUUCUGCGCCUCCACGAACGAAUGGGGCGGCGUCGAAGAUAUCACCGAACUGGGCUACUGUUCGCCGACGACUGGUAUCGUCGAAGAAUACGGUGGAGGCUGGUAUUCCAAUGAAGCGUCGUCCAUCACGGAUGAGCUGUGUCAAGAGCUCAACUCGACGCUCACGGCGAAAAAGGCUCACGAGUGGUCAGAUAUCAAGCGGUGCCAAUUCCCUUCCGCGAUGAGCCAGUCGAGCGCGGCGUGCUUUGAUGGAUGCGCCAGCGACGAAGGGUUCAAACCGCCGACGCUGUACGAGUGUUAUGUCCCGACAAACUCGCAAGGCGCGUGCCCGUCCUCGGAGUACUUCACCGAACGACGCGUGGACUGGGACGCGGACAUUCCGUGGGAGCUUUCGCGCCCGUCUUACUGCGUGACCAACAUCUGGGGUAACGGCGGACUCUAUCAGCGGUACGGGUACCCCGACGACUGGGCAUCGGACGAAACCAAGGCGAAUUGGACCAUCACCCUCACGUCCGGCGAUCUCAAGGGAUCGUAUAAAAUGUGGAAGAGCGAAUGGACCGAUAUCCUCGGACACAAAGACUGGAGCCGCGGUUUCGUCUUCGCCGCAAACGCCACGGCGCAAGACGUCUGCACGGAGCUGGGCGCCAAGGUUCGUCUCUUGGACGACGGCACGCAAGAGUGCAGAGAUUCCGUGUGUUGGUAUCCAGACGUGACGACGGAGACGGAGUGCGUCAAUCGCGACAUCUCGAACACAGACGCAGAACACAGAUGGCGCCAAACGUUCAGAGACGGCGCGGGCGCGUGUUUCUCCACGCCUGCACCUACGCUCACGCCGGCGUACUACAACAUCACCUUUUCACCAAAGUUGAAUGCCGAUGAUUACUCGAGCGUCACGUGGCCAAAUCAAGCGUCUGCGGACUUACACGUCGUGUAUUGCGAUAAAGGCACUGCUUGUGAGAAGGGUUACGCCAACUUUUGGUCUUCGAGUGACGUACCGACGACCGGAAGUACCUUCACAAUCAGCGAUACGACGUACACGAUUUUAGACGUGACCGCGACGCCGCAACCGAAAUACGAACACUUUGAUGCAUCCGGAAAGUUGACCAUGGCGUGGUGCUACGAAAACGGAUACUCAUGUUACAACGGUAACAGGGAGUGGAAUGGUUUCGACUACACGAAUUACUCGACGUACUCCAAACCUGGUGUUUUGAACGUCAAGUCGUCGUGCGAGGCGAACGGAGGCGUCUUUUAUCUCGGAAAACAUCUGAGAGAAGGUAAGUUUGAUUCCGUGAGCAAGUGCUCGGGCGCGUACUGUAACGUCGCGGGUCCUCGGUACUCUGUCUCGGAGGAGAUGUGCUCGAGCAUCGGCGGUCAAUGCAGAAACUCUCAAGGGUGCAACGGGUGUCGAGCGCCGUAUUGGGGCGAAGUCGACAUCGUCUUGGACGGCAUGUGCUACACCCCCAACGUUCCGUCGGCUUCAAACUGCACCUCGGGCGCCGAAUACGACGAGACGUUGCGCGCGUGCGUGAAAACGAGCAUCACAAAUAAGGAUGAGUGCACGGGCAACGACAAGUGGGUGACGUGCGAAGACGUUCCUUUCGACAACUGCACCGCCUCCGCGACGUCGUCCGAGGAAAGCGCUUCGAUCGCGAACAAGGCGGCCAAGUAUUUGAGCUGCCGACGAGACAAGGCACCGAAACACUGCUCGGGAGCUGACCAAUGCGCCUCUGAGGGCGGUUCGUGUUGGGGACCCGACAUCCGCGAUCAGGUGUGCUUUUACGACAGCGAUGCAUGGAAGUGCGAAUACCGCGCCAACGUGUGCGUCACCAAUCUCAACCAAGAGACGUGGUCGUGUCCGGGCGCGACGAGUACAGACGGCUACUCGAGCUGGGACGAACGACGGUAUCAAGUCAACGACAAGUAUUGCCUCGAUUACUAUGCCGCAAACGAAACGGCGUGCGACGAUCUCGGCGGCGCGUGGACGUCCACGAGCGCCGAGUCUCGCGAACAAUUUUGCACCGCCAGCAAACGGUGUGAAGGCGGAAGCAGCGAGUGGGGCGUGUACAGACGUCAGGAGGAUGCGUGUCUCAAGUGCGGCGGUGAGAUGGUGUCCGACGGCACGUGGGUCGCUGGAUCGUGGUUUGAACCCGCCAUGGUUCGCGGUGGACGCUCCUGGAAGGCGCGCGCGAUGGAGGUGACGAACACGUGGUCUCUUCGCGUCGAUGAGUGGCGCGUCCGCGACUUUGUCGAGCAAGUCCGCGAUACGCUCGACGAAGAGGCGCAGACGACAUUCUUACGAUGCAUGUACGCCGAAAUAGGCGAUUCCAUCGAGAAGAUGUCGAGCACGUGCGGCGGUGCACCAGCGGAUAUUCGCACCACGAUCGCCGACGCCCCGUUCCCGGCGGCUGAGAAAACCGUGUUUCCGGGCGCGCCGGCGACUGUCGGAAUCAAAUCCGACUCCAACGUUGCGGUUACUGGGUCUACGUUUAAUGAUACCGUGACCAUCACGACGGAGGUCGUCACCACGAAACCCCUGAACGACGAGAAUGCAAACGCCGUCGCCAAGCGACUCGGCGAGCGUCGUCUCGCUGAGGGCGCCGUUAAUCUGAACGCCGCCGGUUGCUGGAGUGUCGUGAAGAACUCGAACGACAAGCUCGUCGGCCAACUUCUCGGCGACUGUCUCGCCGUCAAAGUCGAAGGCGCGGGUGCAUCGUCGGGCACGAGCGGCGUCGAGGUGUGUCUCGUCGUGAAAUCUGAACGCGAAGUCGCCGACGCGUACACAGAGUUUGGUUUCGCGAAACGCACGGGUUCUACGGGAUCGUUCAGUUACACGCCCACGUCGUACGAGGUCAAGAGCACCGGCACGCACUUGUGCGCCACGGUGAAGGAAUACGGUGCGUACGUGUGUCCUGUCAAGUUGGCUCCGUCGUGGGCGUCGUCGACCGUGGACGUCGGUUCAAGCGAGUGCGCGGCCACGCAAGCCAUCGCGCAAGUCGCUGCGGCCAAGGUUGAACAAGUAAAGACGGCGGCGGCGGCUGAAAUCGCCGCCCUUCCCCCGUGCGACGCCUCGAAAGCGCCGACGUACGGCGCCGUCGGCGAUUGUACGUCUACGCUCGCGUCCGGAACGCAGUGUCAACCCGUCUGCGACACCGGGUACGCCGUCUCCGGUCCUUCCAAGUGUAACGCUGCAAAACUCACCGCGGCGACGUGCGCGCCGCUCUCGUGCGACGCCUCCAAAGCGCCCAUGAACGGUGCGGUCGGGACGUGUACGAACGCGCUCGCGCACGGCGCUACGUGUAAACCGACGUGCGCCGUCGGAUACACGGUGUCCGGAAAAUCGACGUGUACGCUCGGCGUUCUUGACGCGGCGACGUGCGUCCAAGAUUCCAAGCUCGACACGUCCGUCACUUUCAGCGGAAUCUCAGUCAACAUCACGGAUGAAAUCGAGGUGAAAUUGUUGGAGGUGGUGAAGACGGCGGUGCGCAACAACGGCAACUUUCCCGUCGGUGUCAGUUUCUCUCAACUCGCCUACGUCGUCUCGGGUUCGAUGUCGUUUACUACUGUCUCUACGCUUACAGACAGCGUUUUCAAGACGGCCGCCGCGAGUGCGCUGAACGUGGAUGUGAGCGCCAUCACGAACGUGAACAUCCCCCAACCGGUUCGUCGACGACUCCUCGCCUCGUCUGUGACGUACGACGUCUCGUCGACGACUCGCUCGGCGGCGAACGCGCUUCGCUUGACGGCGAGCGCAGCAACAUUUGCAGUUGGCGGUGUCACCGGGACGUCGUCGCCCGCGACCGCGAGCGUCAAGGUGGACGCGACGAUUUUCGUCCCCGCCUCAUCGGCGACGACGGCGAUGGCGACGCUCAACAACGCAGCCGCGUUCUCAUCGAGCGCCGCAACUGCGGCGUCAACGGCGACUGGAAUUACCGGUAUCACCGCUCCCGCCGGCGCCAUCAGCGUCGCCGCGGCGUCGUGCGACGCGUCGACUGCGCCCGAAAACGGUGGCGUCGGUACGUGUACGUCAACGCUCGCGACUGGAUCGCAGUGUCAACCGGUGUGCAACACUGGAUACACCGUCUCCGGUCCAGCUUCGUGCUCGAGCGGUUCUCUGACCCCGGCGACGUGCGCCGCCAAUCCGUGCGACGCGUCCGCCGUGCCCGCCAACGGCGCCGGUAUGGGUAACUGCACCGCCACGCUUGCGAGCGGUAUGUUGUGCGCGCCCCAAUGUAACUCGGGAUACGUCGUGAACGGCCUCACGUCGUGUUCGGCUGGGGAGGUCACGAGCACGGCGACGUGCGUCUCGUCGCCCACUGGCACGCCGCCGACGACCGGCACGCCGCCGACGACCGGCACGCCGCCGACGACCGGCACGCCGCCGACGACCGGCACGCCGCCGGCGACCGGCACGCCGCCGCCGACCGGCCCGCCGCCGACGACCGGCACGCCGCCGCCGUCGAGCGCGAGAGCCUCAUCUAUGGUGAGCGCGCUUCUCAUCGCGCUCCUCGGACUUUUCGCCCUCGUCGCGUAA